AUGGCUCAUCAAGAUUCUCAAAAAAAAUCAGAAAAGAAAAAACUUAUCCUCAAUGCCUUUGAAAUGGGUUGUAGUGGUCUUCAAGCUCCUGGUCUCUGGAAACAUCCAAGGGACAAUUCCCGUAAUUACAACACCAUUGAAUAUUGGACCAAUCUUGCAAAAUUAGUCGAAAAAGGGAAAUUUAACUCUAUUUUCCUUGCCGAUGUUCUUGGUGGAUAUGAUGUCUAUAAUGGUCCCCACAACAUAACUGCUGCUGCUAAAUCAGGUGCCCAAUUCCCGGUGAAUGAACCAAGUGCGGUUAUUAGUGCCAUGGCUGCCGUGACCAAGAAUUUAAGUUUUGGUGUUACUUUCUCAACUAUAAGUGAAGCUCCAUAUCAUUUUGUGAAGAGAAUUGGUACUUUGGAUCAUUUGACUCAAGGAAGAAUUGGGUGGAAUGUUGUUAGUUCAUAUU